AUGGAGGUGGCAACCCAGUCAAACGGCGUCGUAUGGGACAGUAUCUUGGCGCAAACGAAGGUGGCCCAAGAAAAGGGCUGCGACCCAUUGCUGUGGUCAAUCCAAGUUUCCUCAAACUUGAGCUCUGUUGGGAUCGGUUUGCCUUGUGUUGAGCUAUCCAAUCAUUUGGUCUCUCACAUUUGCUGGGAAAACAAUGUGCCCAUUGCUUGGAAGUUCUUGGAGAAAGCUAUGGUUCUCAAGAUUGUGCCACCCUUGCUUGUUCUUGGCUUGCUCUCAACAAGGGUAGUUCCAUACCGGCGUUCAUGUCCAGCAGCAUUUAGGCUAUAUAUGGAGCUCCUUAACCGACAUGCUUUCUCUCUGAAGGUGUCAAUGAACUUGCCAAACUAUCAGAAGACCAUGAACGUGUUAGACAAAAUUCUUGGUUUGUCUCAGAAAUUCGGCAUUCAAGUGAAUGAAUCUGGUGCUCUCUUAGUCCUUUACGUCUUUUCAAUCGUUUGGCAGCUGGUUGAUGCAGCACUUGAUGAUGAAGAACUACUUCAACUUACGGAUAAUGACCCUAAGUGGCCUGUUAAGCCUCAAGACAUGGAUGUAGAUGGCAGUAAUAUUUACGGAGAAAAGAGGAGUGAAUAUAGCAAGAGAUUGCAAACUUUUAAUACCGUCAUGGCCAUUGAGUUGAUUGGGCAAUUUUUGCAGAACAAAGUAACUUCUGGGAUUCUUUUCAUGGCUCGCCAAAACAUGAAUGCAGUUUGGGAAAGCUUUAAUCAGCGAAUGCAGCUGCUUUUAGAGAAUUCAUCAGCUUUGCGCAACAUGAAUUUUACAACUCAGGAAAUUCUCAGGCAGUUGAUUUCGAAUAAUCACAAAACUAAGUCUCGGCAUUUUCAAGCUACUCUACCGCAAGAGUUUGAUUCUGUAUUAGAAUCGAGACCUCUUGUUCAUUCAGCUGGUCUCUGUCUGGGGACUAGUAUGUCGGCCCUUUGGCUGCCUCUAGACAUGCUGCUAGAGGAUGCAAUGGAUGGUUCACAAGUCAAUGCAACAAGUGCCGUGGAAAUUAUUACUGGUUUAGUGAAGUCCCUUAAAGCAAUCAAUGCUGCAUCGUGGCAUGAGGUGUUUCUUGGGCUUUGGAUGGCUGCUCUACGCCUCGUUCAGAGAGAGAGGGAUCCUAUUGAGGGACCCUUACCUCGGCUGGACACUCGUCUGAGCAUGUUACUGUCAAUUACGACCCUCGUGGCUGUGGAUCUCAUCGAGGAAGAGGAAUGUAUUUCGACGGAUAAGAUUGAGUAUGAUUCUGGGAUUGAACAUCGCGUUCCCGGCAAAAGGCGCAUGGAUUUGAUGUUCAGUGUCCAGAAUCUGCAUGGCUACCAGAGCUUGCUGGCCCCACCUCAGACGGUCAUAUCCGCUGCCAAUCAGGCGGCUACUAAAGCAAUGAUGUUUGUGUCGGGCAUCAAUGUUGGUAAUUCUUACUUUGAGUGCAUAAGCUCGAUGGAUAUGCCGAUUAACUGCUCUGGUAGCCUACAUCAUUUAAUUGUCGAAGCAUGCAUAGCCAGAAAUCUCUUGGACACAUCAGCUUAUUUCUGGCCAGGUUAUGUUAACGGUCGUAUAAACCAACUGCCCAACAACAUUCCCAGCCAAGUCCCUGGCUGGUCAUUGUUUAUGAAAGGAGCAUCUCUUACCCCCAUUAUGAUCAAUGCUUUAGCCUCUACUCCUGCUUCAAGCUUUGCAGAGAUUGAGAAAGUCUUUGAGAUUGCAGUCAAAGGAUCCAGUGAUGAAAGGAUAGCUGCUGCCACUAUUCUUUGUGGGGCCUCCUUGAUUCGCGGAUGGAAUAUUCAGGAGCACACUGUUUAUUUUAUAACUAGAUUGCUAUCUCCACCAGUCCCGAUCGACUAUUCUGACAGCGAAAGCCACUUAAUAAGCUUUGCUCCCAUGCUCAAUGUUCUUCUUGUGGGGAUUGCACCAUUCGACUGUGUUCAUAUUUUCUCCCUCCAUGGUGUGGUCCCGGAGCUUGCGGCCUCACUAAUGACGCUAUGCGAGGUGUUUGGGUCAUGCGUGCCCGACGUCUCGUGGGCCCUACCCACGGGCGAGGAAAUCUCCGCCCAUGUCGUCUUUACCAAUGCUUUCACACUCCUCCUGAGGCUCUGGAGAUUCAAUCACCCGCCCCUCGAGUAUGGGGUGGGUGACGUACCCCCCGUUGGGUCCCAGCUGACUCCCGAGUACCUCCUGCUCGUCCGCAACUCCCUCCUGUUGUCCCCCGAGCAGUCCCUGCAGAGGGACCUCAACCGGCGGCGGCUGGCCCAGGUGGUGGCUUCUUCGGCCCGCGGACCCAUAUUUGUGGACUCAUUCCCCAAGCUAAAGGUGUGGUACAGGCAGCACCUGGCGUGCCUGGCAUCACCCCUGACGGGCCUCGUGAAUGGGACCACAGUUCACCACACGGUGGAUGCUCUGCUUUAUAUGAUGUUUAGGAGAAUUAAUAAACAGUCGGCAGGGUCCGGUGGGAGCAGCAGCUCGUCAGGCGAUGAUAGGUGUUUGAGGCCAAAGUUGCCAGCUUGGGAUAUUCUUGAGGCGGUGCCUUUUGUAGCGGAUGCUGCUCUCACUGCUUGUGCGCAUGGAAGAUUAUCGCCUCGUGAGCUGUGCACAGGGCUGAAAGAUUUAGCCGAUUAUCUUCCUGCAACACUGGCAACCAUUGUUAGUUACUUCUCAGCAGAAGUGACUCGCGGAGUGUGGAAGUCGGUGUUUAUGAAUGGAACAGAUUGGCCGAGCCCGGCUGCUAACAUCUCCAAUGUCGAGGAACAGAUCAAGAAAAUAUUGGCUGCCACCGGGGUGGAUGUCCCAAGUCUUGCUGCAGGUUUGUCUGCGAGUUCUCCUCCUUCCCUCCCACUCCCCCUGGCCGCGUUUGUAAGCCUGACGAUAACCUAUAAGCUGGACCGCGCUUCCCAACGGUUCCUCGACCUGGCGGGCCCAGCCCUGGAGUCCCUUGCUGCUGGGUGCCCAUGGCCUUGCAUGCCCGUCGUGGCCUCCCUCUGGACUCAGAAGGCCCGGCGCUGGAGCGACUUCCUCAUCUUCUCCUCCUCCCGCACCGUCUUCCUCCACAGCGUCCCCGCUGUUGUCUGCCUCCUCCGUGCCUGCUUCCGGGCUGCCGUGGGCCCCGCACCCCCAUCAGGCCCACUCCUCGGCCAAGGCGGCCUCUCCCCUGCCGCCCCCGGCAUUGUCUACCUCCGCUUCUUCCGCUCCAUCCGUGACAUCAUGUUCCUGAGGGACGAGGUCGUCUCCCUCCUCAUGCACACCGUGGCUGACGUCGUGGGGACCGCUCGAGAAAAGAGGUCUUUUGCGGCGGCUCUGACCAAAGUCAAGCUGGCGUCAUCUUUGGGGGCGUCGGUGAUAUUUCUGACGGGCGGGCCCGGGCUGGUGCAGUCGCUGCUGAAGGAGACCCUCCCGUCGUGGUUUGUGUCGGCCCGGCCCGAGAGUGGGGGCGGGGUGCUGCGGGUGAUGAAGGGGUACGCCCUGGCUUACCUAGCACUGUUGUGUGGGGCCUUUGCAUGGGGAGUGGGCCCGGGGCCGGCAGGAAGGCGGCGGCCGAAGAUCCUUGGGCGCCACCUGGAGUUUGUGGCGAGCGCGCUGGAUGGGAAGAUAUCACUCGGGUGUGACGAGGCGUUGUGGCAGGCUUAUGUGUCGGGUUUCUUGAGCUUGAUGGUUAGGUGUGCGCCGUGUUGGGUGGUGGAGCUGAGGGUGGAGCUGCUGAGGCGGCUUUGCGUGGGGCUGAGGAGGUGGGGUGAGGAGGAGCUCAUGCUUGCGCUGUUUGGGGCCGGAGGGGAGGCUGCAAUGGGGUCGGCAGCUGAGCUUGUGGUCGAAAUCGAACAAUGA